GCCGCCCCGCAGCCGCGCUAUCCCAGUGUGGAAAGCAACGACCUGGAGCCCGACAACAGCACCAGCGAGGAGACGGGCAGCAGCGAGGGGCCGUCACCCGGCGAUGCGUUGGACCGCUACUGCAACCACCUGGGCUAUGAGCCCGAGAGCCUGGGCGACAACCUGUACGUCUGCAUCCCCUGCGGGAAGGGCUUCCCCAGCUCCGAGCAGCUCAACGCACACGUGGAGGCCCACAACGAAGAGGAGCUGUACCACAAAGCGGCGGCCGAACAGGCCGUGCCCUUCUUGGAUAAGGGCGGCGCAGGGCUGGGGGACAUCCUGCGGCCGUACCGCUGCUCGUCCUGCGACAAGUCCUACAAGGACCCGGCCACGCUGCGGCAGCACGAGAAGACGCACUGGCUGACACGGCCCUACCCCUGCACCAUCUGCGGGAAGAAGUUCACGCAGCGCGGCACCAUGACCCGCCACAUGCGCAGCCACCUCGGCCUCAAGCCCUUCGCCUGCGACGCCUGCGGGAUGCGCUUCACCCGGCAGUACCGCCUGACCGAGCACAUGCGCAUCCACUCUGGGGAAAAGCCCUACGAGUGCCAGGUGUGCGGCGGUAAGUUCGCCCAACAGCGCAACCUCAUCAGCCACAUGAAGAUGCACGCGGCCGGCCCCGAUGGCAAAGCCAAGCUGGACUUCCCCGACAGCGUCUACGCCAUGGCGCGGCUCACCGCCGACCAGCUGGGGCUCAAGCAGGAGAAGGCGGCCGAGCUGCUGUCCCACACCUCGCACUUCCUCAGCGACCCCAAGGCGAUGGAGAGCCUCUACCCGUUGGCCAAGUUCACGGCCGAGCACCUGGGGCUGAGCCAGGACAAAGCGGCGGAGGUGUUGGCGCAGGCUCCGCACCUCCACGCCGACGCCGCGCGGACCAUAGAGCGCUACUCGCCCCCGUAGCGCCCGCCGGGGGGUGGCCCUGGGGCUUCCCGUGCCUCUCCAGGGCAGGGAUGGAGGUGGCAAGGUGGUCGGCCCCGGAGAACUCACUC